CUUUCCUGAAAAACAGCAUUGGAACCCAGCGAGCACAGCGACUGCACGCGAAAGCUCCCUAUCGUCAUAGCCCAAAACCCUCGUUCCCGCGCGACAGCCUUUUUGUUGCUCUGAGCUCGCGCACGACCAGAAGGGCGCCUUCUUCAGGUCCGGUGACUCAAGCGCCACACGCGGCUGUAACGCCAGCGCGAGCCUCGCCAGAGCCAGCGCGCAGCUGGGGUGACAGUUGGCCCCGGCGUCGCGACUGCUCGACUCCGUCUGCGGUUCCGGAAGAGCUGGCUCCGCCGACUGGGAUGGCGGCCGAGUCAGCCUCGCCGCUGCAGUACCAGUCGGGGUUCGGCAAUGAGUUCUCAUCAGAAGCGCUGCCGGGAGCACUACCGCAGACACAGAACAACCCCAAAACAUGCCCUUACGGCUUGUACGCUGAGCAGCUGAGCGGCACGCACUUCACCGCGCCACGUGUGCUCAACCGGCGCUCCUGGCUGUACCGCAUCCGGCCGUCCGUCACGCACGAGCCCUUCCACCCCAUCAACUUCCCAAACGAGACCCUUACUGCCGACUUCACGGGAGGCACAGUGACUCCCAACCAGCUGCGCUGGCGGCCCUUUCCCGUGCCCAGCGAGCCCGUGGACUGGGUGCGGGGGCUGUUCACGCUGUGCGGCACCGGCAAGGCCGCCACCAAGGAGGGUUUCGCCAUCCACGUUUACACCUGCAAUCAAUCCAUGGACACAUCGGCACUCGCCAACGCAGACGGAGACUUCCUCAUCGUGCCGCAGCAGGGCGCUCUGCGGCUCAAGACGGAGUUGGGGUUGCUGGACGUGGCGCCGGGCGAGAUCGCUGUGGUGCCUCGCGGCGUGCGAUUCAGUGUGGUGCUGCGGUGCGCGGCGGCGCGGGGUUAUGUGCUGGAGACCUUCCAGGGCCAUUUCACUCUCCCGGACCUGGGGCCCAUCGGCUCCAAUGGGCUUGCCAGUCCGCGCGACUUCCUUCACCCUGUGGCCUGGUACGAGGACGUGGAGGGCGUGUCGUACCAGGUACUCCACAAGCUGGAGGGCCACCUCUUCACCGCCCACCAGACCUUUUCCCCCUUCAACGUGGUGGCCUGGCACGGCAACUACGUGCCGUACAAGUACGACCUGGCACGAUUCUGCCCCGUGAACGCCGUGGCCUUCGACCACCCGGACCCGUCCAUCUUUACGGUGCUCACGGUGCCUGGUCUGGUGCCCGGCUCGCCGCCCACCGCCGACUUUGUCAUCUUCCCGCCGCGCUGGCUCGUGGCGGAGCACACCUUCCGGCCGCCCUACUACCACCGCAACACAGCCAGCGAGUUUAUGGGCCUCAUACGCGGGCAGUACGAGGCUAAGCAGGACGGCGGCUUCCUGCCGGGCGGCGCCAGUCUGCACCUGUGCAUGACGCCGCACGGACCCGACACAGCCACCUUCGAACGAGCGGCGGGGGAGGGCGCGGCGGCGGCGGCACCAGACGGGCCGGCACACCUGGGACACGACACGCUGGCGUUCAUGUUUGAGACCACUGCCAUACCGCGCAUCACGCCGGCCGCGCUGGGCUGCCCCGCAGUGGACCGUGACUACUACAAGUGCUGGGUCGGACUCAAGAGCCAUUUCAGUCCCACAGCGGUGCCGGGCAAGUCCAAGCUGGGGCACGCAGACGGGGGCAGUGGUGUGGCGCCCGGUGCCGGGCCCCAUUCCGACGCCAACGGUAACGGCAACGGCAAUAGCGCCCUUGGGGCCGAGGCUGGCAAAGACAGCGCCGUGGCGGCGGCCGUGGUGGCGGCGGGGUUGGGGUUGCUGACGCAGGAGCCUGCUGGUGUGCACGUGUAAGGGGGUGGCAAAAAUGUGACGAGACAGGUGGCGGUGGCGGGAGCGCAUGUAGGAGAUGUGAGUGCUUGGGCGUGGCCAUGAGGGGGCCCUGGCGCCGCGGGGCAACAGCGGUGCACCAUAGGCAUGGGUGUAGCCUUUCGACUGAGAGGAUUGGCAGCAACACUCGGGCUUGCACACUCAUUGCCCCCUGUUGCAACGUCGCAAGCAUAACUGUGCUAUGCUGUCGUUUCGGUCGGCGGUCAGUACAUGGGUGCGUGUACUGGGCGCGGUUGGACAGAGUUGGCAGAGUCCCGUAGUGUGCAACGUAUGCCCAGACCCCAACACUCAAACUGCAGGCCCAAGCAAAAAAACUGUGUUCGUUGCAUGUACGACAGAGGGUCAUGAAUUCGUGUGUGCGUAAUUCCCAUGCAGUUGUUGCAGUCACUGCAGGUUGUCAAGUGCUACGUACAACAGCUGAUGCGUUUGUUAAUCAUAGUUGUGUCGAUAUAAAUGUUGCUCCAGUAGUCCUGGGCGUGUAUUGCUGGAUGUUGAUUUUGCUUUGGGACUUGGUGACUUACGCGCCGUACGUGCUGCACAUUCAGCGGCCCUCUGCAGCUCAUUCUCUGUCAAGUACCGGUAUGCCGCCUUGCGUGCUUAGAGCGCGUGGCCACGACCUCUUGCAGACUGGCGCAAACCGCGCAAGCUACGCGGCGGGAGGAGGAGCUGGAGUGGGUAGCUUUGUAAGGGUCUGCAAGG